AUGGAGAUCCUGCGAAGCUUGGGCCUCGGCGGCUAUUUCAGCCAGCGCGUUGUAUUAAGAGAACAACCGUCUACGGGCGACAUGGACCGGCUCGACGCGCCACCGCAUGCGCCCAUCCCGAUGCAGCAGCUCGCGCUGGCGCCCCUGCCGCAGCCGUUCGCCGAGGCGCCCCAUCCAUGCCUCCACGACCCCAACGACGCUCAGCAUGAGUCCUGGGCCGUCAUCACCAUCGGCAACCCCACCAUCGCCAAGCCCACGGCGGGCCCCUGCGCCCCCGCCACCGCGCCGCCGGCGCGCCCGACCCCGUCCGCCGCCGCCGCUGCCGCUGCCGCGCGCCGCGGCGAGGGCCGCUGCCUGAUCGGCGAGUUCGGCCCCGCCCUGUCAGACCUGGACGCCGCUGUCGCGGCGCAGCCGAACGACGCGUGGGCGCUCGCGCGGCGCGGCGCCGCCAAGAUGGGUCUGGGGCUUUAUGAGUCAGCGCUAGAGGACCUCAUCGCAGCAGACGCCCUCGAGCCCGGCGACCCCGGCUUGCUCGCCGCCAGGGGCCGCGCGCGCUCGCUCCUUGGGGACCACCAGGCCGCACUGUCAGACCUGGACGGCUCCGACGCCCUCCGUCCCGGCGACGGCUGGACGCUCGCGUGGCGAGCCGCAGCCAGGGCCGGCGCCGGUGACUACGCGGGGGCGCUUCGGGAUUUGGAGGCCGCAGAGCGCGCGCGCGGCGGGCCGGGGGAGUCAAAGGAGUGGAUAGCGCGGCUGCAGCGCGAGGCAGAGGCUCGGCUCGCGGGCGGGCGCGGCGGCGCGGGACCGCUGACCGCGGCGGCGAAGGCGGCGGCGGCGGGCGUCGCGCGGCGGGCGGGGCGGCUGCGGGGCGCGGCCGAGGCGAGGGUGGCGCGAGUGUGGGCGCACCAGAAGCAGGACUGA